AUGGUGCCCAAAAAUGAAAAGAGCUCCCUCAAGCGUGGCAGAGGUACUGCCGACAGCGAUUCUCAAGACCAGAAGAAGCCCCGGCGAUCUCAAAGAAUAACUUCGCAAAGCCAGAAACAGGCCACCCCGGUUAGCGCGUCUUAUCUGCCGACACCACUCACACAGCAUGAUUCAACGGCGACAGACACCCGAAAGGAGGCCACCGCAACACCUCCGCACCGUCCCAGUCAGGCUCGCCCUCAGACCCCAACCCAUUCGGACUCGCUCGGACAAUGCUCUUCACCUCCGGGAGACACCCAGGCUCUGUCCCAGUUUGUGUAUCCUCCGAGGUCCUUUGCCAACGAGGUGGAGGAUGAAGUCGCCGAGGGCGUAUGGGGCUAUUUGAUCCCACUAGAUGACAAUUUCCGAGAUAUCCUGGUGCUGAGGAAGCGGGACACCUGCGGCCAAAGAGAGGACUCCAAGUGCAAAUCGGGCAAGGAGCAAGGCAAGACCUCAGCAUCUAAACAGGGUAAACAGGGCAACAAAUCGGCUCCGGGAGGUUAUCUUGUCGGUCGUCACCCGGAAUGCGAUCUUGUUCUCAACGUUCCCACCGUAUCGAACCGACACUUCCUCAUUUUCUCGGAAAACCGAAAAGGCGACUCCAUUGCCGUCCUGGAGGAUCUAUCCAGCAACGGGACGUUUGUCAAUGAUGCAGUUGUUGGACGGAAUAAACACCGUGAGCUCGAGGAUGGCGACGAGAUCACAAUCUUGAACGAGGCGAGGUUUGUCUUUCGGCAACCCCAGACCAGAGACACCAAUGGCUUUCGACAGCAGUACCGCAUCUUUCGACAACUGGGCAAAGGUCAUUUUGCAACUGUCUACCUCUGUGUUGAGCGGGCCACCGGGACUCAGUAUGCAGUGAAAAUGUUCGAGAAACGCCCUGGUGACUCCCAAAAGUCUCAGACGGACCCUCUGCAGCAAGAAAUCGGCCUGUUGAUGGGAGUGAACCAUCCAAAUCUGCUGUGUCUGAAAGAUACUUUUGAUGAAACUGACGGAGUGUAUCUUGUGCUGGAGCUUGCUCCCGAGGGCGAACUUUUCAACCUCAUUGUCAGCAAACAGAAGUUUUCGGAGAAGGAGACGCGUCAUAUUUUCCGUCAGCUUUUCGAGGGGCUCAAAUACUUGCACGAUCGGGGAAUUGUUCAUCGAGACAUCAAACCCGAGAAUAUUCUGGUGGCAGAUAAGAACUUGACCGUGAAGUUGGGCGACUUUGGGCUUGCCAAAAUCAUCGGAGAAGACUCCUUCACUACGACUUUAUGCGGAACCCCAAGCUAUGUGGCUCCGGAAAUCUUACAGGAAUCCCGUCGCCGCAAGUAUACCAAGGCGGUGGAUAUCUGGUCAUUGGGCGUUGUUCUCUACAUCUGCCUUUGUGGAUUCCCUCCUUUCUCGGAUGAGCUUUACACGCGCGAGAAUCCAUACACGUUGGCGCAACAGAUCAAGAUGGGACGUUUUGACUACCCCUCCCCCUAUUGGGAUUCAGUUGGCGAUCCCGCUUUGGAUCUCAUUGACCGGAUGCUUACAGUUGAUGUGGACAAGCGGAUCACGGUGGAUGAAUGUCUGGAGCACCCAUGGCUGACAGGCAAAACUCAGAGUCUUACGGACAGUACUGACGGGCUUACCGGAGCAUUGGGACAAUUGGAUUUCUCCAAGCGCAAAGUCGCACGCGAACGCACGCUGCUCAGUAGCAUCAACGAUGCGGCGUUUAGUGAAUGUGGCGAGGGAACUGGCACACCCGUCAAGGUCUUCCACAAGAACAAUGCCGGAAAGCGCAUGCACAACCAGCCGAUCACUUCGAACCAAGCAACCCCUGGAGGACAGACUGCGCCUCAAGACUUUGUCAACCUGGGCGAGGGCGGAGACCCGGUUCUAUUUGAAGAAGACCCGACCAGUCGAUACAAGUAG